AUGGCCAGAUCCGCACGAUCCUCUGCUAUCAAGAAAAACAAGGGUGUUUUGAAGAAGCGUGUCUUUGGGCCCGUGGAAAGUGAGCGCAACGAUCGCUUAUCCGCAAAGCUGCUUCAGCUCGCCAAAGCCCCGAAAGAAAAGAUGGAGGUGGAGCAGGACAGUGCCGAGAAAGAGGCCGCAAAGGAAAAGGCGGGCGCGAGCRCAACGGAUGAUAUUGACAUGGAAGCUGCGGACAAGCCUCGACGGAGCAAGCGUGAGGUUCAGCGUCGACAGAUCGCAUCGGCCGCUCGGUUCGAGCGGAAGAGCAAUAAGAAGCCACGUAACCAGGUCUCUUUCCCUUCGAAUUCGCGGAAGAACAAGAGUGGCAAGGGUGGAAAGAAGUGA